AUGACUGAAAUGUAUGACAUCAUUGCCCUUGGUCAUGACCAUAUCGACCUUGGAGGAUUAAAAAAGAAUGAAAGUCAAAAUAAUACAUUUUGUGCCCUGUCCGUCAAGCUGGCGGCUCAGGGCGUUCGAAAACUCAAAAUUGGCAAGCUUAUGAAAACAAUGCAAAAACAACGCGGAAAAGGCAAGCGCCGUAAAGCUGGCCGUGGAAAAAAGCAACGCAAAAGCAAGAAUAAAAAACCGAAGAAAGGUUCCACUAAUGAUGUACAAGGGGAUUCCAAUCAGCGUUCUAAACGAGAUGUUUCAUUCAUGAGAGAGCCGAUUGCACCGUAUUUCAAGUGGGUAAGAUCGAAACGUAUACAUAUACCACAAGGAUGGCUGGAUGCUGCAAAAAAUAGCAAGACGAGCGAAUAUCCCAUUGAGUACGAUUAUGCUGUUAUAGAACUUAAACGAGCACUCGGAACAGAGUACAUGGAUAUCGGAAUUUGUCCUGAGAAAGAAGCAAUCCCAUCUGGUCACAGAAUUCACUUCACCGGGUUUGAUACAGACCGUAGCAAUCAAAUGUUAUACCGUUUCUGCCCAAUUGAAGACGAGUCUCCCGAUCUCAUGUACCACUAUUGUGACGCACAAGAGGGCACCUCUGGAUCUGGUAUUUACAUUCGGUUGUAUGACAAGCAAACCGAACGAUGGUCUCGCAAAGUUAUCGGCGUAUUUUCUGGUCAUCAACGAGUGCAGUUUGACGGUUCUCACAAAGAAUUCAACACCGGGGUGCGUAUAACUCCUCUCAAAUACGCUCAAAUUUGCUACUGGACCAAGGGGGAUUACUCUCAAUGUCGUGGCGGAUAAAAGAACAUAUUUUCCCGCUGUUUUUAUUAACUGAAUUGGUACCGUUGGGAACUGCCAAUUUACAGUAUUGAUUUAAACGCAUAGAAGUUCCAAUAAAACAGAAAACGUCCAACAUUUGGACACAUAAUAGCAGGUUAGAGAAAGAUGGUGGGUUACGUAAAAGAGAAAAAUCCACGGAUUUGCCAAUGUUAAAAUAUUGGUACUAAUGUUCAUAGGCAGAUUUUUCGGACACUGUAAUAAAAAUACACUAGAUUUACUGAUAUUCGAAAGUCAUUAGUUUGUGUUUUAACAUCGAUUUUAGUGGCGAAUAUUUAUCGUAUGUUUGAAUUGAAUUUGGCAGUAUAAGAUAACCGAUGGUAGAAAAUUAACUUAAAAAGUUUUCCAGCUUGUUCUAUACAUUGCAGCUUUUGCCAUCUUAAAACUCCAGUAACAAUGUUGAAAAAUUAUAUCAAAAUAACUAGAAUUUUUUAUAUUAAAAUUAGACAUUUUAUAUUCUUGGGAAAAUAUUAAGUAAUAUAAUACUCCGUUUUUUAAUGUGAAACGAGAUUCCUAAUGUCAAUAUACAUCACUAUCAUAAACAUAAUUUAUGCUAAAUCGUAUUCUGUUGAAAAUAUUAAAAAAAUUAACUCUGCUCGUUAAAAUAGUCACGUACAUCCAUUUACUCAUUGAAAAAGAAUAUCGUAUUGUAGUGUCUGCCGUCAAAUAAGGGUUAUUUUAGUUGUCCUUGAUUUCAAUAAGUUAUUGGCGUGUGGGAGCAGUGGGGUGUCAGCACUUUUUUCGUGUGAGAAAACAAUUCCCACAGUUGUCAUUUUGUUUUCAAUACUCAUUUAAUAUCAAAUUUAAUGGAAUAAAGAAUUAUGGCUAAAUAGUUCUAUAAUUUUCUGCAAUGGCACCGUCAAAUAAGUCACGAUGUCAUUGAUGAAAUAUAAAAAUUUUGUGUAUAAUAUAUUGUAAUUUGGCAUUUUCGAAUAACUCUGAUUUCGGAUUUAUUCGGUUUAGGCUGAAGUGCAGUGAACACAGUUUUUUCGUGUUGCGUUGUUAUCCAUUACAACCCACUAUUGGAAUUACUCCCCGGCAACCUUUCAUUGCGUUAAACUCUGUUAGCAAUUUGACUUAUAUUUGAAGGACAACGAAUUUUCAACUUGUUCAGCAUAAGUUUCAUCAUGUCGUAUUUUUAUUUUUUAUUUCUCAUUUUUUGUUCCAGCUUUGUCGCAGCAUAUCAAUUUUCUAAUUAUUUUUCCUGCUUAUUUUUAUUGUUUGUUUAUAAUAAGCUUAUUCAAGUAUAUUGUCAUCAUUGAUACUACCAUUAUUAUAUUACUGUAAUUUUAUCCAUUGAUCAAACACGGCCCCUUGAUAAAUUCGGUCUGGAGUACUUUUUUCCAUUGGCCUGGUAAAUAAAGUACCCACGUUUGACAAGAUUUCUUAGUUGUGAUAACCUUUAAUUUGGCCUAUAUAUGGCUCAUAUCUUUAUGAUCAGAGGUUAAAACUAAAUUACCUUGAAAUACCAGUUAUUUUUAUACAAUUUAGUAGUUCAUUUGCUAUCAUUAUAAGCUUACGAUUUGAAAAAAAGCCAAUUUUUA